AUUGUCCUCGCGGCCCUGUUCUGCACCUGGCCGGGAAAUUGCGGGAAGGUGGACAAGAUGGACACAUACAGAAGCGGGUUUGAGAGAGGCCGCACCCCGGGGAAGGGCAUGUGUGGGGCCAGCACAAGGGAGAGAGUGCAGAUUAAGCGCGCUGCACCCCUCACUUGGUGCACGGGGGCGGGGUGGGGGACCCAGACCAGAGAAGGUUCAACCACACGCACGCACGCUUGCACAUACACUAUGCGUGGCACCAUAAAGUUCUGCGGAGCAAAAUGGAUUUCGAAUGUGUUUUCCUUUCCUUUCCAUGCCCACUUUUCCCCUUGGUGGUACUGGGAAUUGAACUCAGGAAUGCCGAACUACUUCCCUAGACCUUUUAAUUAUAUUUCGAGACGUUCUUUCUAAAAUGUCCAGGCUGGCCUCAAAUUUGUAAUCCUCCAGCCUCAGCCUCCGGAGUAGCUUGGAUUAACAACAGGCACCACCCAACCCAGCCCCGAUUUCUCUUUAAAACAGGUCUGGAGAGCUCUCCCUACAGCUGGUGGCCAUUCAAAGCAUAAGCUGUAGUCUUGGGGCAGCCCUUUUCUGUAUGAUCUUGGGUGUCCAACCAUACUUUGGGGUCCAGAGGCACUGCUGAGGAUGGAUGUUUUUUCUAUGUACGGCUGGAAAGUCUUCAGCAUACCUUUCCAGGCACCUUGAAAACAAGCAGGUGCAUACUAGGAAAGGCAGCAUCUGGGACUGUUCAGAGACCAUGGCAUCCCACCCUUAUACUGAGAAGAAGUAGGAGGAAGAGGAGACAGUGAGUCAGAGGAAGAGGAGACCUGGAUCCUGGCCAUAGGUCAACCACUGGCAUCCCAAGUAGCCUUGGCAACAAGGUUGUACUUGAAAACAUUAAUAUUCCAAGAAGAAAACUUUUGAAGACCUCUUUCCUGAGACACAGCGAGACCCCUAUGCAUCUCCAGCCUCAAUCCCCGACAUGAAGGCGCUGAGCCCAGUCCGCGGCUGCUACGAGGCGGUGUGCUGCCUGUCGGAACGCAGUCUAGCCAUCGCGCGGGGCCGCGGUAAGAGCCCAGCAGCCGAGGAGCCCCUGAGCCUCUUGGACGACAUGAACCACUGCUACUCGCGCCUGAGGGAACUGGUGCCCGGAGUCCCGCGAGGCACUCAGCUUAGCCAGGUGGAAAUCCUGCAACGCGUCAUCGACUACAUCCUCGACCUGCAGGUGGUCCUGGCCGAGCCAGCCCCUGGACCCCCAGACGGUCCGCAUCUCCCUAUCCAGACAUCUGAGCUUGCUCCGGAGCUUGUGAUCUCCAACGACAAGAGGAGUUUCUGCCACUGACCGGCAGUCCUGGCACCUCCAGAAUGCAGGUGCUGGCACCCGUUCCGCCUGGGACCUGGGGACCCUCUUCGGCCGGAAGCUCGAGGGCAUGGAUGAGCCCCAACCUCGCCCGGCCCACUUUACUUCCCCAGACCCCUACCUUGAGGUUGGACCUGGAGCCCGGGAGUGAAGGACUGUGAAGUUGGGUGGCCUGAAGAGCCAGAGCUAGCGCUGGCCACCGGUUCGGCGACAUCACUCUCCUCCCACCUCACCCCCAAGUUUUAAGGACUUGUCUUUUCAGAGCGUGGAGGGCUGGGGAGUAGGGGAUAGCUGCUCUCUUAACUCUGCCAAGGCGGCGUUAGAGCUGGUUUUCUGGUCUCCUUGGAGAAAGGCUCUGUUGCCCUGAUUAUGAACUCUAUAAUAGAGUAUAUAGCUUUUGUACCUUUUUUACAGGAAGGUGACUUUCUGUAAUCAUGCGAUGUAUAUUGAACUUUUUAUAAAAGUUAACAUUUUGCAUAAUAAAAAUGGUUUUUAAUCACUUCA